AGUCACAGUUUAGUCGUUCUACGGUGAACACGUUACGUUGCGUUAUAUCGCGUUACCGGCGGUUAUCUUUUACCGGAAGUGAAGAAGCCUUGCUUUCUAUGACAGCAUUACUUAUACCGGUACCGCGUUAGCCUACAAAUUCGUUUAUUUGAAAAUAAAUAAAACAAAGACGUGGAGUGAUUUUUUUUUGAGUGUGUUAUCCGCUGAAUAACCUCUCUUUCUCGCGCGCGCGCAACUGUGUGUUCGAGCGUGAGUGUGAGUUUAUGUGUAUAUGUAUCUACGUUCUCGCCGACGGAACGCGAGUUAAGGAACAAAGGGAAGAGAUAGUAGAAUUGAACGUUUAUCUUCGUUUCCAUCUUUCCUACAUACUAGAUUUUUUUCAAAUAUAAAGAGUGAAAAGAAAAAUUUGAAUACGUUAUUCGUGUAGGGUUCGUCAACGCUUCUUACGGACCUGAACGAACGAACGAACGACGGAACGAAAGGAAUCGUCGUCCGGCUUCGCGGCUUUAAGACCGGCCGGCGCCCGCUUUAAAGGGAAUAGAACGAAAGCGUCGGCGCGUCAAGAACUCUCUAGAGUUUCCAACCAAAUUACAUUUGUUAAUACAAAUUUCUCAUAGUUAUUAAACGAGACUAUCCUACCAUCUUGAUUCUUUAUCGUUUAUUUCAUUUAGUUGUUUAUAUCCGUUCCUAUUUUUUCUUAAUUAAUUUUUUUGCCUUCGUUCAGCUUCGAAGGUUCCUUCGAAGAUUUGCAUCCGAUCACUUCCGGGAUCGUGUUUUCCCUUUAAAGGAUUCAACCAGAAAUGAAAGUUAGCUCGACGAACGUUAUCACGUACGCCAAAGAAUAUUUCGGUAUUCCCUGAAUUUUCAUUUAUUUGGAUUAUCAUUUCUUCUGGACGAAGAUGUAGCUCUCGCGAUGGCCCUAAAGUAUUGACCUUCCUCGAGGGAGGCAGGGUGCCUCGAGGGAAAAAAUAAGAAGAUCAAACGUAUUCACGAAAAUUUCAUUCGUAUCUAUCAUAUACAUGCACACACGCAUACACGCAAAUCAUUUGUUAAUGGUGAUUCGACGUUUACGAAUGUAAUAUCGUGUAAUUGGUGAAGAAUCUUAUCAGCAAAAGAGAGAUCCAAUUUUCUAUCUUACCUUUUUCCUUUGUUUUUUUACUACUUAUAUUGUUUUGAUCAAGAAACCAAAUCUCUUUUCGUGUCAAGACAAGAAAAGUUCUAACGUUCUUACUGUGAAAAAGAAUGAGUGAAUAUUUUCGGUGAAAGAGGAUUUAUUACUGUUUUUCAUCAAGAAAAAUAUUAACACAACCAAAAAGGGGAUUCGGUCUUCAGGAUGAUCGGAUUCUAUUUUCGGGAGACGUACGCCUAGUCAUCACAGUGGAGUUCUGCUUAAUUGCAGCCUCGGGAGGGGGUGGUUCGAUGUUGGUCCCUCCCGUGGCCCAAGGCGGGACGGGCGAUCGUCCCGUUGGUGACGCGAGUGGUAGGGCCCAGCAGUCGUCCGGCCCUGCCGGGACAGCAACCCUAUGGCCUCUCGCACCAGCGCAGCCCAAUCAAGUUCCAAAUCAACAGUCCCAAGGAAUACCACCCUUGGCUGCUACCCCUGCACCGGCACACAAUCAAGGUGUGAGCCGUUACGGGUUAUACUCGUUAUUUCCCGGGGGUGGCGGAGGUAGUUACGUCGCGGCCACUCCCGCCACCCCAGGGCCACCCACCCCCGCGCGCGCUUAUCACGCAACAACGCAUAAGGAACGAACAGUUUCAGAGAGCGUGUUCUCUGCUGCUGUCGGAGUUGGCGUUGGUGGGUACACCUGGGGUGCUCCCACGCCACCCCCAGGAUCACCCUACAGCCCUGUCCCUGUGACUCAGCUCGAACUACUCGCCAAGAAUUUGGCGAGUUUGGGGCCUCCCGCCCAACAGGCGUUGAGCCUUCAGGGUGUCGGCGUUAAUGUCGGCAGUCUUCAUCAUGCGCAGCACACUCAGCACACGCAGCACACCCUCAAUCUCGCUGGACUUCAUCAUCUGCACCAUGGUGAGCAAACGACAUUAUUGAUCGCAAAAGGUUUACAUCAGAACACUUUUUCGCCCCAACUCUCCCUGGUGACCGGUAAUGCGCCGACAUUGACGAUCAAUAGUUUUUCCCCAAAUUCGACGGGUAAUGUCGUGCCGACGACAGGAGUAUUGCUCCAGGAGUAUCAGUCACCGACAGGCUCGACGGGCACCGGUUGUUCCGUCGCAGUGAACGGUUCUUCAUGUCCAACGAGUUCGACGAGUACCACGAUGGUUGUCCAGGGUGGCAACCAGGUUGUCCAGACUACCGCGAAGAAACGAGAAGCCUUCCUCUCGAGUCAAGGUCAACCGGUGAAACUGGAGAACAAGUCGACGAGGCAGCCCUGCGUUUGCAGGAACAGCAACGGUAAAACGAAAGUGGUCCAUUCGGAUGCUGGCUGCAGCAGGACGUUGCCCGUCGCAUCGUCCUGGAAUGGACAGGAUGCGAAUAAUGGCGUUAAUUCUAAUACGAAUAAUAAUAACAACCCAGUGAAGAGAGAACCCUUGGCCUCUGUACCUUGUCAGGUUGCCGAGGUUUCGACCUCUCUUCACGCUACCACUACCUCUGUUAAGAUCGAGCCGGUUCCCCCGAAAUCGGAAAAUGGUAUAUUGGUAUCGAAUACUAACGCAGGUGGAAUACCAGUUGGAAUUGCUAUGGCAAGACAGAGAUCACAGCAUCAGGAAAGCUCGGCUUCCAUGCGGAAUGUCUCCCUCAGUCAUCAUACGUCGCAUCACGCAAGUUAUCAUCACUUUCAACCUGACAAUCUUGGUUCAUCAAGCACGGCCAUGACGGUAGGCGGCGCUACGCUCGUCCACUGCGGCGGUGGUGGUGGGGAGGAACGUCCGGCCCACCUCGCCAUUCCUUCGGGUGCUUUGGCGCCCUCGUUGAACGCGGCCCUCGGUUCAAGUCUUGGUUCGAGUCUUGGUUCGAGUCUUGGUUCGAGCCUUGGUUCAAGCCUUGGUUCGAGCCUCGGUCCAAAUCUCGGCCCGAGUCUUGGCUCCGGCCUGAAUUCCACUUUGAAUUCCAGCUUGAAUUCCACGCUCGGUAGUACCGCAACGGCCGCGGCCACUACCGCUUGGCCUCCCACGCUUUGGCAGUAUCCGGCCUCGGCCGCGGCCGCCAUGGAACCCGUAGGGUUCCCACAGAUGGGCGUCGGUGUGCAGGGCGGUCUGCAGUUGGUCAGAGAUCCAUCCAGCGGUCAUCUUCUUUUAAUUCACGCAGCCGAACAAAUGCAGCAGGCUGUGGUCUGGCCGAAUUAUCCAAAUCACAAUGGCGGAAACGUAGCGCCUCCAUCCCUUUUGUUACCACCGCCACCACCGUCCCUUCAACUUUUAAGCGACAUAGGUGGUGCUAGAUUGGUCCUUACCGAGAGUAAAAGGAAACAACAGAACACUUUACCUAUCGUAAAGAUCGAGGCGGAUUGCGGUACAAGUCCGACAACCAUAAUCACAUCGACGGAAUCAACGAAGGCAUUGCAGAGCGUGACAUCGGUGACGGGUACUCUCGUGCCAGAUGCACCGCUCGUAACGACUCUUCAUUACUACCCACAUGCACCAGCGUUGGUGCAGAUUAGUCAAACGGAGCCUACGCAUUGUAGGUCGCAGCGAAAUGUGUUUAUUUCGAAGGCAACCUCGCCGGUAUCCUGUCUGACGCCACCACCAGAAGUUACGUCGAUCCAUGCAAUCGAGCCACCACAGAUGACACCGAUGGUCGGUGUUCAGGAUGCUUCGAAUCAAACAGAAGCACCGGAAGCCGAACAGGAACAGGAUGUACCAGCAAUGGUACCAAUGGAGACGCAGGUAAAACAGGAGCAGAAUCUUAGUCCGUGUCAGCUUCAAUGUGCGAGUACAGCGACGAAUCUCACUACUACAACGACCACGACGAAUUUGACGAAUUUGACAAACUUCGAGAUCGUCGCUGCGGCCCCGGAAAAGAUGUGCAACGUCGUCAGGAUAACAACGACAACGACUACGGUCAAUCCGACCGUUUGCGGUAUCGUUGGCAAAGUUGAUAAAGCAGAAAACACGAUCAUCAAUAUGGCUGAUUGUCCAAAAUAUUCAAUCACGAGGGAGUGCAGAAGCGUUACGUCGAUCGACAGAACUAUCGAACGCGUCGUGAGUCGUCAAGAUGAUUUGGAACAUGACGAGGAAGAAGAUUCUAGGCAGGAUCGAUCAACAACGAUCAACGACGAUGACGAUGGUUACGACAACGGCAAGUCACCUGCGAUCUGCCGAGACGCAAGAACUGGCCCUAGGAUAAUUGAAAUUACCGAGGAAAAUUGUGACAGUUUUCACGAGAAUUUGGAAUUCUUUGCAAGGGGACGAGAUCGUAGGAGAAGUUACGCGGUCGAUACUACGCAGGAACAACCUCAACAGAGUCACGAAGAAGAGAAAAAAGUCCUUGUCGAAGAGCCCGCGAUUGAUCGGAUCGCUGAAGAAUCAAGGGGUACAGUUAUACAUCAAGUUAUUGCUAAGGUACCACCGGAAACGUCUUACUGCGACUCACAGAGGAAAGAGGAAAUGUACGCGGAUUCUAAAGUAAUCGUCGUCGAUUCGACGUCGAAUAACGCGUCCCCCCAAUCUAUGACGAUAACAACGACUACAACGACGAUGACGACUACUAUGACGACUAUUGUUACGACUACUAUGACGACUACGAUGACGACUACGACGACGACAACUCCACAAACUAUUGCAGAUUGCGAGAGUUGCGGGAAAAAUCGAGAUAAUAUCCGUCCGCAAGUGGUCGUUCAGCAAAAUUCCGAAGUGAAACCUCAGAUCAGUGUGAAAUCUUUCGAUAUGCCCAACAUCGACUGUGACGAUCAAGAAGUGGAAACGGUCGUGAUCAAACAGGAAGCCGACGACGGUUCAUUUGACGAACAAAAUUCUAAAUUCGAUAAUUCACCGACAAUGGAUAAGCCAAAGGAUUCGACAAAGAGGCAUUCGGUAGAAAGAUCUCAUCCAGGUAUUGAGAACGUUGUUGAGAAAUUGAAGAAAAAUGCAGCUGCCGCUAUGCAAGAAUCGUCCUGUCCAUUACAAAAGAUCGAUGAGUGUAAAGAACGUAACGGCGAUAAUUUACGUUCUAGAAGGCAUCCGGAAACGAUGCCGAGAAAGUUAGAAAAUGGACUGAAGAAACACAUAUUGAGAUCCUGUGAGAAUGAACAAUUGAUGAAUGAGAAACGUGAAAAUUACGAAAGAUCCGAGAUCGAAGGAUCUUCGGAAAAAGAUUCUUGCAGUUUAGCUUGUAAUCGAGAUUACCUGCAUAAUGACAAUAAUAAUGACAGUAGGAGUAACAAUAACAAUAUUAAAAAUAUCAACGAUAAAGAACAUGUCAGUAGGAAAAGGUCAGCAGUGGAUUCUAUCGAUUCCAGGGUCAAGUACAAUACGCCGAAAGUAAACGCGAGUCUAGCGAAAAAGAGUCGUCUUCUUGAUAGAACAUCAAAUGUCAAUGAAGAUGACGUUAUUUUAUCAGCUGCCAUUGUCGACAAUCAAAGUACGAAAUUGAAAUUGGCCAUUUCGGCAAAACCAAAAUUUAACGUCGAUCUCAGCGGCUUAGAAUUGCUCUCGAAUAGCAUCGAACAGUUGGAACAUUUGAAACCCGAGGCACAGAAUUGUUCGACUCCGGACCUCGAAGAAGGAAAAAUGAUAUCACCUCCGGAUGAGAGUAAUAAUAAUCGACUGAAUAGUCGGCUCAAUUUGCUCUGUGCUUUGGCUGCCAUGAGAUUUAAUGAAGAGGUCGAAGGAGAUAAAGUGCCGACUAAGCCCAAUAUCGAAAGUUCCGAAGAAAUAUCUGGAGCUAGUAAGCUGCUGUUGAAUCUUGGAAGGACAAGCUUCGAGAAGGAAAGAAGAAGAUUGGAUAAAAGAAAAAGUACCGAAGGUGACGAUGAAAAUUACGAAAAAUCUAAACGAUUCAAGACCGAUGUUGUCUAUGAAGAAAAUGAUACUAAAAAUUCAUCGGUCUAUUAUUACGAGCAAAGUGGUAAAAGUAGGAAACACGGAGCUAGAUUGCAAGAAGACAUGGUCUUCAGACUGAAAGAAAAAUCAAGGAGAAGUAUUGAUCUCGACGAUGAGGAAACUUCUUCCUUGGCUGAUAGAUUCGUACGAGAACGAGAAUGCGUUCCUAAACUCGACAAGGACAAUAACGAUUUGAAUUAUGUUGAAAAUAAGGAAAGCUUGGAACCUUACGAGCCUCAGUACGAAAGAUUUUGCACUAACGAUAGGUGUUACCGUGAUGUUUCUAAAGAAAAUACCUUGACAGAUUCUGAAACUGAAAACGACAAGACAACUACUUCUUCUCCUACGAGAUUAGAAGAAGAUGAACUCGACGUAAAUAUGCAAAGGAGACGAGAAUCUACAGAGGAAACAAACAGGGAAGCAAAAUUAGAUAGUAAAAUAAUCGCUGGUAAAAAAGUUAACUUGGAAGAAGACGGGGAUUGGCCAAAUAUGGAUGCUAUGGAGUUGAAUAUGAGAGUUAGAUUAGCUGAUAUCCAAAGACAAUAUAAAGAAAAACAAAAGGAACUUUCGAGGUUAACGCCGAAAAAAGAGGACAAGAGAAGUCCAGGUAGACCGAGAAAGAAGAGUCAUUCUUCUAGUUCCGAACAUAGUAUUCUCUCUUCUCCUCCCAUUUUGGAACCAGUAGUCCCAUGUCAAAAGUCUCCGUCACAUUCUCCUGACGGAGCUCCACCGCCGUUAACGUCAGCAGUCUUGGCUAUGCCAAGAUGUAACGUGAAUCUUGUGAAACUCGGCGAACCUCGAAGUCAUAUUAAACUUUUGGACAGUAUACCUAGUAUACCUAUACCAGUACCACCGGUUGCUUCGCCUAUCACGGUCUUACCUACUAGCAAGAUACAAUCAGAGGAUGACGACAAGAGUACUGGAAGGAUGGAAUAUGAUACAUCUUCGCCAGCACCAACCAUAGCAAGUUCAAGCUCAGCAUCGAAAAAACGUAAAUUUGGCCGUCCUAGAAAACUUAUGUGCACAUCCGGAAAUACCAGACACUUUACAGAAACGAUAGUAGCAAAAAAACCAAAAAGCAAAAGUUCCCUCGUGGGUUAUUUGCUAUCACCGAAAAAUAGGCAUCUUCAAACAAAGUACAUCGCCAAGUCUGGUUAUACUCCCCUACCCUUUAAAACCGGAAUGUUGUCCUUAAAAGCUUCUUCCAAGAAUCACAAAUCAGUCAAGGCGAAGACGAAACCCGCGAAACAAACUCCGCUGCACAAUAAGAACGUCAUCAGUUCGAUUUUAGCGGAGAAGGCUAAACUUAGCCAUGAAGUUAAGUUGGAUAAACACAGCAGUAAGGUAAGACCAAAAUUAAAAGCUGAGGCAAAAGUUAAAACCUGGGAAGACGACGAGAAUACAGUAGUUGCAAAUAUAUUGACGGAUGCCAUUAGCCAGGAAAUUCUUGAGGAUAAAAAUCUUGGCCAGUCGGAAGAGGCAGAGGAGGAUGAAGAAGAAGAAGAAGAAGAGAAAGAGGAAGAGGAGGAGGAGGAGGAAGAAGAGAUAGAAGAGGAUAAGAAUGAAGUGGAAGUUGAAGUGGAAGAAGAAGAGGAAGACGUAAAAGAGAAAGAAAAAGAGGUGGAGGUCGAGAGGGAAAAAGUGGAAAGAGAGGUGGAAAGGAAUAGGCACGAUAAAUCGAGGAAGAGGAAACAAAAGUCUAUCUCAUCCUCGCCAGGUCGACAUAAAUCGAACGAUCGCGAUAAGAGGGAAUCUAAACGUCGAAAAUCUUCCGAUUGUAAAGAUUGUAAGGAAUGUGCGAAGGUUGCUAAAGCAGAAAGAGCAGAAAGAGCAGAGAGAGCAGAAAGAGCAGAGAGAGCAGAGAGAGCAGAAAGAGCAGAAAGAGCAGAAAGAGCAGAAAGAGUAGAAAGCAUUAUUAAUAGAUGUAAGCUAACGUCGGCUCACUUGGCUAUUGAUCAACUAAGAGUUCUUCUGGCAAUAGGUGGACUCUUUUAUGCCGGUAGACUUAGUGCUGUUCAAGCUCCUGAUAUUUAUGCUAUUACUCUUGAUGGCGAACGAGGCAAUAGACCUCAUAUUCAUUGCAGAGAAGAAAUUUUAAGAGACUCGAUCGUAGAGGUAUGUCCAAGUUCGACAAGAGAGUUACCACCGGGUACGAGACUUUGUGCUCAUUGGAGCGAUCAGUACAGAUGUUUUUAUCCGGGAACAUCGGUUGAACCUACCGAACCAGAUCCCGAACUUGACGAGAAAUUUGUCAGCGUUGAAUUUGAUGACGGCGACAGCGGUAGAAUCGCUUUGGACCACAUCAGACUACUGCAACCUGAUUAUCCUGUUGUUGUAUAUGAUCCAAAUCCUCUUUUAUCUUUAAAUAAACGUCGUCGACAGACCUCAGUGUCGAUAGAAGAUAAAAGAUCGUCUGUUAAUACUAUAUCUGGUACAACAUCGAAUAUCAAUAGUUUAACAUCCACGGUUUCCUCGACAACUUCCUCCCUUGUUUCGUCUUCCAAUGGGACGUCGUCCGUUGAACGACAUAAAACCGAUGAUAUCAGUGCUAAGGUAUUGGAUGAUUAUCGCGAACGUAAACGUUUGAAAAAGAGAAGAAAGGAUAAAUUGAAGAGACAGCACGAAGCUCAAAAAGGAAAAAAGAAACAUAAGAGGCAUAAGGGUUGUGAAGAACACAGAAAGCAUAAGCACAGGAAACAUAGGAAACACAAACACAAACAUAGUCAUCAUUGCAACCACAGCGAAGGAAGUCAAAUGAGCAGCGGGGAAAGUUGUUGCGGACAAAAAAGCGAAGACGAACCAAAUAAAGAAGCUCCAGCUAAGAUUGAAGAAGAAGAGGAAGAGGAGGAGGAGGAAGAGAAAGAAGAAGAGGAGGAAAGCGAAGAAAUGGCUGUAGUUGAAGAAGAGCCAAUCGACGAACCAGUUCAAGAACCAAUUGCAGAAAUAGUAAGAGAGGAGAAGAAAGAAAAGCCGAAAAAAUCUCAUAAAAAAGGGAAAGUACGAGAGAGACAGGAAUCGGUUGAGAGUCGAAGUAAAAUUGCUCCACUGUUGCCUGAUGUACAAUUAUGGGGAUGGUCUGGCAAAGGUUACAGGAGACCUGGUGCAAAAGGAAGAGCUAAGAAGCAAUUUUUCCGAGCCAUUCAAAGGGGAAACGAAACUAUCCAGAUUGGUGAUAGUGCAGUUUUUCUUUCUCUUGGUGGAACAGAUAGACCAUACAUUGGACGUAUCAAAUCUAUGUGGGAAACAUCGAGUUCUAAUAUGAUAGUUAAAGUUAAGUGGUUUUAUCAUCCCGAAGAGACAGUAAGAUGUCCGACCAAUUUAAAAUAUCCGGGUGCUCUAUUCGAAUCACCUCAUAUGGAUGAAAAUGAUGUACAAACUAUUUCACACAAAUGCGAAGUACUACCAUUGGACGAAUAUACAGAAAAGAUGGGAAAAGAACCUCACAGAUAUCAGACCAACUAUGAUAACAACGAUACUUACUACUUGGCUGGAUAUUACGAUCCCACCACGUACCUUUUACGUAUGCAACCAGGGGUUGUUUGAGAUCAGCUAAAGCUGACGAUUAAGUUGACUGGUGUCACUUAAUCGUAGUCAGCCAACAAUUUUGCGAAAUUCAAUGAAAAUAAGCUAAUGUUUUUUAAUAACAAUUAAUAACAAAGCUUUGUUCAUCUUGUCGUUGGUGUUAAACGACAAUGAGGAAAAAAAAACCACUGGAUUUAGGAAUCAUGUUCCUAACACAGAAGUCAUAAUGCAAUAAGGGAUAGAAUGCAAUUGUUUUGCAUUUCCAUUGUACGCCUUCUUGGUAUUUAUUAAUGAGAACGAUGUUUAAUAGAGUUCAUUUUUACUAUCUAUAAACUUGCAUAAAGAAGUCUAAAGAAGUCGUCUGCUGUGCAGAAGAAUCUUUUGCGAUAUAUCUUAUUCAUUAACAUUGCGAAUUGGAUCCCGUUGCUAUAGGCAUCCAAAGAAGUGUAUCAUUGUUUCAUGCAAGGCACAAGCGUUGUAUUUGAAAAAGAAAAACAAAACUAUUUUUCCCGUCAUCUUUGCACACUAUAUUUGCAAGUUUUAUCACAAAAUAUUCACGAAGUGCACACAAACUUGAACAAAUUUAAACGAAUUACAAUAAACGAAUUCGUAUUAUCCAAUAGAAAUGUCAAACUACGUAUUGUUGCAAUAAAUGCUUUCUAAUUUUUCUCUCUAUAAUCUUAUUGAACAUGAUUGAAGAAAAAAAAAUAAUCUUGUUAAACAAUCAAC